CAGACUUUGAGAUUGUAUACCUACACGAUAUGUACACCUAAUUUACUGAUCUGAAAAUGUACACGAAAUUUCGGCUUCAAUUCGUGUUUUCCAGUUUGUUGCCUUGGGACCGGAGUUGGGGCCAGAUGUUAUCGCUCCUAAGAUGCACUCAGGUUAAUGAUUUACGGGUAAGUUGCACGACGCAUAACACCUCAUGUGGCAAGACACAAUUUGACCCAUCAUGCAGCACCGAUAUACGGUAUUUAGUAUGCCAAGGACCUUGGACCUGGCAGGAUAGAUAGAUCAUAGACGAAUGAGA